AUGGCUAUAGCAUUCAACCUGCCGAGCGAGAGAGAGGCGACAGAGGAGAACUUUUCACGACUGAACCGGCUUUUAGCCGAGCUGUACGAGGUGCUAUGCCACAUCUUGGUAUCACGGCAGCCUGGCCCAGAAGUCCAGGAGAAUCGGCGAGGUGAGUGCCCUCGGGAGCCUAACAUACCACCUUACCACUUAAGAUGCAAUUCGACCUACAUCGUGAACCUGGUCAUGGUUGUGGCCAUCCUAAAAGUGUCUCUCGCAUCGUCUCUCUUCAACACAAUAAGA